GGUAUUCAUCCAAAAACAAAUGACUCGGAUCUGUGUCUUCGUUCAGUUUUAGAGAGCUUUGAAUUCAAACUAGAUGGCCUGGGAAAAAACGAAUACGCGUAAGAGCACCAGGACUGCAAUUGCCGAUGAUGGCAUUCGUCCUUCUAUCCAUACAAGGAAACUAUGAUCUUGGGACAUUUUUCUCGAUCUUCAAUACUCUGCUAGAAGUAUUCUCUGUGUUUGCGCAAAAGUUCAAGGUGAAAGUUCGCUACAGUGUCAUCAAUUUCUUUCUUAGUUCCGAAGGUCUCAAGGUUAAAUUUGUGAAUCCAGUCAAUGUCAGAUACAUAUCAUUUUCAGUAAGUUCGUCUUCAGUCAUGGAACAUGUUGUAUCUGAAAAUGUUGCACAACCGAUUGAGCUACUUCAUGGAGUUGAGGAUAAAUAUGGAGGUGUCAUUCUAUAUAUGAAGGACCCAUUGGAUUCUGAGGUCUUUGUUGCUGCUCUUAGAGCUUCAAUAUCAAAAUGGAGGCAAGAGGGUAAGAAAGGUAUUUGGAUGAACUUGCCCAUUGAACUUGUAAAUCUUGUUGAAGCUGCUGUUAAGGAGGGUUUCUACUACCACCAUGCUGAGCCAACAUACUUAAUGCUUGUCUAUUGGAUUCCUGAAACUCCAAGUACUAUACCUGCAAAUGCUUCUCACCGAGUUGGUGUUGGUGCUUGCGUGAUAAAUGAUGAAAGAGAGGUACUACAUCUGCGGUUGCUGUCUAUUAGUACUCUAAUUAAAUCAACACAAAACUCCAGGUGGCCUCUCUGCUUCAUUAAUAUGUAUGUAAGCCAGUAA